GGAGGCAGCAAACGAUUUGGGACCAGCCUAUGGGGUUGCCUUCUCGGGGUCCAGGAGGCCAGGCCAGCCCAAAGCUGCCUCCUCUUGUCCAUGCCAACCAGGCCUGCUCAGUACCACCACGCCCCACCUCACUGGGUCCCCUCCGAGGCAGGUACAUUGCUGAAAACUACCUCAACUCAUACCGUGCCACAGAUAUAGGACACACACAGUCCACGAGGCACAGCUUCCUGUCCUUUACAGACAGACCCAUGUAAAACACAGAAACAACCACUUAGAGAUGGACACUAAGAGGGACACACCAGGCAGACAACCAGACACAUGCAGUCCUAUAAGACAAAGUCUGCUGUCAAAUAGGAACACAGAUAAAGCAGAGCCACACAGAAGCAGGAGGGAAACGGGAGACCUCUAAGCUAUGCAGUCACAUUCUCAGUCACACCUACAGCUAUACAAUCACACCCACACCGGUGCUACACAGUCACCAGGUCCCCAUGCACUCCCACACUCACAGGGACCCUGGAACACCUGUACACUCACAACCACCCGAUUACACCCCAACUCCCUAGGGCAAUCUCCCCUACACCUUCACAUCCAUGCAUUUAUUCAGGGGUACAACCAGUGCCAGAUCACCCCCAACCCAGGUACAACAUUCCCUGAGAUGUAUGCACAGUCAAUGCCACACUUACUCCCGCCUCCUUCCUUCCCCCCGUCCCUCCCAGUGCUGGUCCAGGAAUGGAACAAAAGCCCAGCGUCCCCUCCUCCCCUCCUCCCCCUCUCCUCUCCCCUCCCCCCUGGCGUCCAGCCCCUUUGUCCUCCUGUAGCUGAGCCGGAGCGGGAGUCCAGGCAGAGCCGCAAGGACAUUGGAGCCGGGACUGCCAGGGGUGCGGCAGCAGGACAGAGAGGAGUGGUCAGUGCCAGCGCAGCAGCCACAGAGCACCUGGGUGAGGGCAUGGCCAGGAUGCUGGAGGGCCCGGUGCCGGAGGAGUCGGAGCACAGGUCCCAAGGGCCGUGCGCUGGGUCUUGCCACGCGCAGCGCCUUCUGCAGACCCUCAAUGCGUACCGACUGAGCGGCACCUUCACCGACGUGGUGCUGCGCGCCGGUGGCCGAGACUUCCCGUGCCACCGCGCGGCACUCAGCGCGGGCAGCGCCUACUUCCGCAGCCUGUUCGCCGCGGGGCAGCCGGAGCGCGGCCUGGCCGUAGUGCCCGUGGCGCCCGUGGCCUCGGAAGCGCCGGGCGCGGGGCCGGGCGUGGCGGCGGCGGCUCUGGCCGUGGUGCUUGACUACGUGUACGGGGCGGGCGUGCGGCUGCGCGCUGAGGACGAGGCGGCCGCCGUGCUGGCGCUCGCCGAGCGGCUGGGCGUGGCGGGCCUGCGCGAGGCCUGCGCCAGCUUCCUCGAGGGUCGCCUGCGCGCCGCCAACAGCCUGGCGCUGCGUCGCGUGGCCGCCGCCUUCUCGCUCGCCUCGCUGGCCGAGCGCUGCGGCCGCGUGCUGCGCCAGGCCUUCGUCGAAGUGGCGCGCCACAACGACUUCCUGGAGCUGGCGCCCGACGAGGUGGCGGCGCUGCUGGCCGACCCGGCGCUGGGCGUGGCACGCGAGGAGGCUGUGUUCGAGGCGGCCAUGCGCUGGGUGCGCCACGACGCGCCGGCCCGCCGCGGGCAGCUGAGGCGCCUGCUGGAGCACGUGCGGCUGCCCCUGCUGGCGCCCGCCUACUUCCUGGAGAAGGUGGAGGCCGACGAGCUGCUGCAGACCAACCGCGAGUGCCGCCCGCUGCUGCUCGAGGCCCGCGCCUGCUUCAUCCUCGGCCCCGAAGCUGGUGCGCUGCGGGCCCGGCCGCGGAGAUUCAUGGACCUAGCUGAAGUGAUCGUGGUCAUCGGCGGUUGUGACCGCAAGGGGCUCCUGAAGCUGCCCUUCACUGAUGCCUACCAUCCAGAGAGCCGGCGCUGGACCCCACUGCCCAGCCUCCCAGGAUACAUGCGCUCAGAGUUCGCCGCCUGUGCUCUGCGCAAUGACAUCUAUGUUUCCGGAGGCCACAUCAACAGCCAUGACGUGUGGAUGUUUAGCUCCCCUCUGCACACCUGGAUCAAGGUGGCCUCGCUGCUCAAGGGCAGGUGGAGGCAUAAGAUGGCAGUCAUGCAGGGGCAGCUGUUCGCGGUGGGCGGCUUUGAUGGCCUUCGGCGCCUGCGCAGCGUAGAACGCUAUGACCCCUUCUCCAACACCUGGGCGGCGGCAACACCUCUCCCAGAGGCUGUGAGCUCAGCUGCAGUGGUGGCCUGCGCCGGCAGGAUCUACGUGAUCGGGGGCGCCGGGCAGGACGGUGUCAGCACCAACAAGGUGCAGUGCUUUGACCCUGAGGAGGACCGGUGGAGCCUGCGAUCACCGGCACCCUUCUCACAGUGCUGUCUCGAGGCUGUCUCCCUUGAGGGCACCAUCUAUGUGGUUGGAGGCCUCAUGAGCAAAAUCUUCACUUAUGACCCUGGCACAGAUGUCUGGGGGGAGGCAGCUGUCCUCCCGAGCCCUGUGGAGAGCUGUGGCGUGACUGCGUGUGAUGGGAAGGUCCACAUCCUUGGUGGGCGGGAUGAUCUUGGGGAGAGCACCGACAAGGUCUUCACCUUUGAUCCCAGCAGUGGGCAGGUGGAGGCCCAGCCAUCCCUACAGCGCUGUACCAGCUCCCAUGGUUGCAUCACCAUCAUUCAGAGCCUGAGCAGGUGACACAGACUUGAACAGCCUGAGCCAGGAAACAGAGAAAGGAAGGAGAACUUGGGUUCACCACUGCUCCCCUCAUGGCUCCUCCAUGUAAAUAGCCCCUUAACUUAUUGCCGCCCUCCCUUCUCAUAGAAAUAAAACCUUCAAAGGUUGGGUCUGUGUUCCAGCUCAAGCCUGCUUUGCCUGGAGAAGUAAUGCCCAACAUCUACUCCCUGAUUUGACUCUUUACAAAGCACCUUCAUAUAUCCACCUUCAUGAUGGCAGUAUGGACAUAUUAAAAAAAUUAUGAAACAUUUCAUGCAUAAAAAGAAUAUAUUUUUAUACAGCUUAAGAAUUAUAAUAAAGUAAAUGUCUGUGUUUCCACCA